UCAUCCCUUCGGUCGUGCCCUUGUCCCCCUCUUGCUCAGGAUCUGCUCUACUCUGUUUUAGGGCUUCUAGCUUCUAGGCUGUGUUUGAUGAGGAUGAGGAAGAUAAAUACAAGGAAAAAAAUCCGGAAAAUAGUUUGAAGAGAAAAGAGAGUGGCGGUGGAGGAAAGUCAACCUUGGAAGAAUUAAUAAGGGAAGAGGAGAAGAAAAAGGAGAAAAUCAACAGGAAGAACUAUUGGUUGCGUGAGGGAAUCAUUGUUAAGGUUAUGAGCAAGGCCUUGGCAGAGAAGGGGUACUACAAGCAAAAGGGUGUGGUGGAAUGAUACCUUGGAAACUUCAUGUCACCGGAAAACUCUUUCACAGUGGGUUAGCUCAUAAAGCUAUAAAUCCUCUGGAGCUAUCCAUGGAUGCUCUAAAGGAAAUCCAGUCAUGAUUUUAUGAAGACUUUCCACCACAUCCACAGGAACAGAUCUAUGGGUUUGCAACCGCAUCAACCAUGAAACCAACCCAAUGGAGCUAUCCUGGAGGUGGAAUCAACCAAAUUCCAGGGGAAUGUACUAUUUCAGGAGAUGUCAGGUUAACCCCAUUUUACAAUGUGAAGGAUGUACUAACAAAGCUGCAAGAAUAUGUGGAUAACAUUAAUCUCAACAUACAUAAGCUAGAAACACGGGGUCCUGUUUCAAAAUAUGUCUUGCCUGAUGAUGACUUAAGGGGAAGCCUUACUCUAACUUUUGAUGAGGCAAAUUCUGGAGUAGCUUGUGAUCUUAAUUCCAGAGGCUACCAUGUUUUGUGCAAAGCAACUAAAGAAGUAGUUGGGCAUGUGAAGCUUACUCAAUUACUGGAAGUUUGCCACUCAUUCGGGAGCUACAGGAUGAAGGUUUUGAUGUCCAAACUGCUGGAUAUGGUCUAAUGGCUACAUACCAUGCCCAGAAUGAGUACUGCCUUUUUACGGAUAUGUCUUAAGGGUAUCGAGUUUUUGCAAGCAUCAUCGCUCAGUUAGAGGAAGAUUGAGACUACGAGUUGAACUUCAUUCUAGCAUUUCACGGCCUAUGAAUAUGUCAUUGCUGCUAAAGCUGAAGGAAGACCUUAAGUGACUCUGUAUUCAUUGUAUGUAUGAAGUAGAAGUUUGGUGGUAUUGAUUUCUA